AUGGACGUUGCUACCUUUGGAGCAGCUUGCUCUCCAUGCACCGCCCUGUACGUUAUCCAGCGAAUUGCAGAUGAGUGCGAAAAAGAAUUUCCCGAUGUGAGCGAAGCGUUAAGAGGAAAGACCUACAUGGACGACUACUUCGACAGUGUAGACUCGUCGGAAAUGGCAGUACAGCGAGCCAUCCAUGAUAUGCGGAACUGGGUGAGCAACGACGAUUCAGUCCUUCGCGAGCUUGGUGAGCCGAGAAUGGAGAAAGACGUCGCAAUGACAGGAAACAAAAGUGAAAGCCUUGAAAGAGUCCUGGGUAUACACUGGGAGCCACAGAAGGAUGUUUUCACUUUUUCCAUGAGUUUUUAUGGAAAUUUGAACCAAUACAUGAGCGGGCGAGAAAGGCCAACGAAAAGAGAGGUACUCCAAUGUGUCAUGAGCCUGUUUGACCCUAUCGGACUGUUGUCCCCUUAUGUCAUUCACGGCAAAAUGAUAGUCCAAGAUCUCUGGCGCAGUGGAAUUAAUUGGGAUCAAAAGAUACAGGAUGCGGAGUGGGAGAAAUGGCUUCGUUGGACAUCUCUGCUUCAGAAAAUUGAUGGUUUACAAAUCCCUCGACAUUACUUUGCUGGACUUGUGCUAAAUCGAUCGGUCCAACUUCACAUAUUCACUGAUGCAAGUGAGUAUGGGUACGGAAGCGCAGCGUAUUUUCGAUUAGUCGACGACAACCGUAUUGUGGUGAGCCUAGUCAGGUCGGUGGCCAAAGUUGCGCCACUCAAGUAUCAAUCUAUUCCACGAAAAGAGUUACAAGCGGCAGUUCUUGGGGCGAAUAUGUUCGCAAAUAUCUGUACAGAUCACACAAAACCAAUCAGCGAGACUUAUAUCUGGACAGAUUCAACAACAGUUUUAUCCUGGAUAAGAGCCGACCAUAGACAAUAUAAGCAAUACGUUGCUGCUAGAAUAGGAAGCAUACUAUCGCUCACUGAGCCCCAUAUUUGGCACUGGGUACCGACUAAGGACAACAUAGCAGAUUGCCUCACUAAAUGGGGAAAGGAAACCGUACCAGACUCAGAUGGAAAAUGGUUUAAUGGGCCAUCCUUCCUCUACCGGGACUUGGAGUAUUGGCCGAAACAGAAACCCAUUCCAAACACGACCGACGAGCUUAAAACUAUCCAUUUGUUGCACCACAUAUCUGUUCCGAACUCGUUAGUGGAUGCUUCUAGAAUUUCGAAGUGGCCUAUCUUGGUGCGCACCAUGGCUACAGUACUCCGUUUUCUUUCGAAUUGUCGUCGGCGAGUUAAAGGCCUACCCAUCGAAGCCGUGCAAGCCACUGAAAAGAUAAAAGCAUUAGUGAAAAAGUGUAUUCCAUCGAUAAACCAACCUCUUCGACAACCCGAAUAUCGAGAAGCGGAAAUGAUUUUGUGGAGAAUAGUCCAAGCUGACUGUUUUCCAGAGGAAGUCCAAGUCCUGUUGAGCAACCGCUCCAAACCGAUAACCGAGCAGAAAAGUAUUGAGAAGACUAGUGUUAUUUAUAGAUCAACCCCGUUUGCUAAUGAGUUUGGUGUUAUAAGAGUAGAAGGAAGAACAGCCAAUGCUCAACACGCCACAUUCGAUGUACGAUUCCCCAUAAUAUUGGACAAGAAUCACGUGAUAACUCAACGACUUAUAGAUUUUUAUCAUCAAACUUUCGGGCAUGGGAAUCGAGAAACCGUAUUUAACGAGCUUCGACAACGCUUCGAAAUAGCGAAACUACGUCCUGCGAUCAACAAAACAGCGAAGAAUUGUCAACGGUGCAGAAUCCGGAAAUGUGUGCCCAAAGUGCCUAGGAUGGCUCCGCUACCGGAAGAACGCGUGACGCCCUAUGUUAGACCGUUCAAGUACACAGGAUUGGACUAUCUAGGCCCAGUAGAAGUAACGGUUGGCAGAAGGAAGGAGAAGAGAUACGUGGCAGUUUUUACUUGCCUCGUAGUGAGAGCUGUUCAUCUCGAGUUGGCGUAUAGUUUGUCAUCGGACUCCUGUAUCAUGGCGAUCAGGAGAUUUGUUCGCAAAAGAGGGUCCCCACACGAAAUAUUCUCCGACAAUGGAACCAACUUUGUCGGGGCCAACCGAGAACUGAAAAAACAACUAAACGAAAUCCAUCUUGCCUGUGCCGAUACCUUUACCAACGCACACACUAACUGGCUAUUUAAUCCACCCGCAGCUCCCCACAUGGGUGGUGUGUGGGAACGCUUGGUAAGAAGUGUUAAAGUGUCAAUGGAGGCUUUAGACGACGGAAGAAAGCUGAAUGAUGAGAUUCUCCUAACUGUUCUGGCUGAAACGGAAGCGCUUAUCAACUCGAGACCUUUGACGUAUAUGCCACAAGGAAUUUCGGAGCCCGAGGCGCUCACUCCAAACCAUUUUUUGAUGGCAAUCUCUUCUACUGAUCCGGAUGCUGCUCAAGGUAAUAUGGUAUCACUAGGCGAAGCUUUGCGAAGUAGCUAUUUGCGAUCCCAGUACUUAGCAGGAACAGUUUGGGAUCGUUGGCUCAAAGAAUAUUUCCCUUCAUUAAAUAAACGUCCAAAGUGGUUCGAAGAAACGAAUCCUGUGAAAGUUGGUGACCUUGUCUACCUAGCAGAAGGAGGUCGGCGAUCAUGGAUUAGAGGAAGGAUUGUCGAACUUCUUCCUAAUAAAGAUGGCAGAAUUAGGCGGGUAGUAGUCCAAACCGCUUCAGGGCUAUUAAAACGCGCUGUGGCCAACCUGACUGUAAUGGAAGUAUCUGGUGAAUCAGGUUGCGAUGCGGCAGAACCUGCUUCACGGGGAGGAGGAUGUUCUGGCAUCCCUGUCAUCGUUGGAAACGACACAUAA